AUGGCUACUGCAGAAACCAGACUCAAACCAAAUAUACUUAUCACAGGAUCUCCAGGAACUGGAAAAACAACUCUUGGAAGAGCAGUUGCAGAAAAACUUGGCUUUGACUUCAUUGAAUGUGGGAAAGAAAUCUCGGAGCAUGAACUUUUUUCUGAUUAUGAUGAGGAACUUCAGUGUCAUGUGCUAGACGAGGAUAAACUGUUGGAUCAUAUUGAGGAGCGAAUGGAUUCUACUCAAGGAGGUUGCGUUGUGGACUAUCAUGGUUGCGAUUUCUUUCCAGAACGGUGGUUUGAUUUUGUAAUUGUUUUACGUUGUAACAACACUCUGUUGUACGAUCGUUUAGCUGCACGUGGAUAUAAUGAUCGAAAAAUAAGGGAAAAUGUUGAAUGCGAAAUUUUUGGAUCGUUAUUGGAGGAGGCUAGAGAUUCUUACAAGGAAGAAAUAAUUCGAGAGCUUGUUAGUGAAACACCUUCGCAGAUGAACACGAAUGUUGAAAAAAUUGUUGAUCUUGUUAAUUCCUGGAAGAAGUGA